AUGGCUUCUUCCUGUCUCCCUCGUCUCCUUGGCUGCGCUUCCAGGACUCUCAACAGAUCGCGAAGGCAGAUUGUUCCGCCGACACAAUGGCGGGCAGCGUCAACAAAACAUCCACAAGGCUUCGUGCCACCAACAAAUGCCGAUCUGUUAGAAUUGAGAGAGCGUGUGCAAGAAUUCGCAAGACGAGAGAUUCCGGAAGAGGUUGCUGCCCGGACAGAUCUUCAGAAUAACUUCCCCGCUGAAAUGUGGGGGAAGCUAGGAAAAGCAGGAUUCCUCGGUGUUACUGCGGAUGAACAGUAUGGCGGCCUCUCAAUGGGCUACCAAGCCCACUGUGUGGUUUUGGAGGAAAUCAGCCGAGCAUCAGGUGCCAUUGGCCUAUCCUACGCCGCCCACUCCCAGCUCUGUGUUAACCAGCUUUCCCUGAAUGGAAAUCCGGAGCAGAAAGCAAAGUUUCUGCCGAGUCUUAUAUCCGGAGAGAAGGUUGGAGCGCUGGCAAUGUCAGAACAUUCUGCGGGUUCAGACGUUGUCAGCAUGAAGACAACUGCCAAGGCAGUGGAUGGAGGUUAUCUGCUCAACGGUACGAAGAUGUGGAUUACCAACGGCCCUGAUGCCGAUUACAUCGUUGUGUACGCCAAGACAAAACCUGACGCGGGCUCCAAGGGCAUAACGGCAUUUGUUGUAGAGAAAACUUUCAAAGGUUUCUCUUGUUCUCGGAAACUCGACAAGCUUGGCAUGAGAGGUUCCAACACUGGCGAAUUGAUAUUCGACGACGUAUUCGUCCCACAGGAGAAUGUGCUAGGAGAAGUCAACCGCGGCGUGAAGGUGCUGAUGGAAGGGCUUGACUUGGAACGUCUUGUCCUUAGCGCAGGACCCCUCGGAUUAAUGCAAGCAGCCCUCGACCUCGUGCUGCCGUACACCCACACCCGCAAACAAUUCGACGCCCCAAUUGCCCACAACCAACUCAUCCAAGGAAAACUCGCAGACAUGUACACCAAACUCUCCGCCUCCCGCGCCUAUACCUACACCACAGCCCGCCAGAUCGAUGACGCUGCUGCCUCGGAUAGUGCAAGGAGCAACAAUGCCAUCCGUAAGCAGGACUGCGCAGGUGCCAUCUUGUAUGCGGCCGAGCGUGCGACGGAAUGCGCACUUGAUGCCAUUCAGCUGAUGGGCGGGAAUGGAUAUGUUAAUGAGAUUCCUGCGGGGAGAUUGCUACGGGACGCGAAAUUGUAUGAGAUUGGUGCGGGAACGAGUGAGAUUCGAAGGAUGUUGAUUGGGAGAGAGUUUAAUAAGGAAUACUCGUAG